AGCUCGAUCCCUGCCCCACAACGGCCCAAACUCCGCACCGCGCAUGGCCAUGGCCAAAGCGGGGCUCAUGCCACACGAGAAGAAACUGCUGGAAAGCCAAGAGCUGGUGGAGGUUUCGCAUAAAGGUGCCAGUUCCAUCUUGUUGGAAGCUCCCCAGCUGGGCGUGCAGGAUCCGGCUGAAGGUCAAGGCCGAUCUCCGGCAGAAGCGGAUGAAGGCCAUGAAACGGAAGAAAUGGUGUCCGUUUAUCGCCACAUGUCUGACAAGGAAGCCGCGUAUCUACUGGAGCAUUCCAUUCUGCCAGACACGCAACCAUAUCAGACCAUAGUUGUUGGUGAAGAAGGCUACGAAUACUGUAAGAAGUAUUUCACCGGCAAGAAGAAGGUGACACCUCCAGUGACCACCAUUGUCGAGUUCCAGUGUCCCAAGACACUCGUUGAAGAACUCUUCGCCAUGCAGUGGAAGAUCGAAGAUGGUGCCCGAUCGCACGGCCUGGGAGAUAAAGGUGGAAAAGGGCUGCCACUCUUCAACGACUCACUGCGAAGUUCUUCUACGUCCUGGCGUGUGGUCUUUGUGAAACGGCCAAGGCGGUGAUGAUCACGCGCGAUUUGCGCUGUACAGGUCCUGCGGGUCGAUUAUCCAUGAUGACCUAUGUUUUUUCUGGUGCGGGAUUCUUUAUGUCCCAGUCAUUUGCUGAAAGAUGAG